AUGAAUGAAUUUGACAAUGAACUUUGUUGGUAUUUUUAUUAUUGGUUAGGUGAUAAAAUAGAUCCUUUAAUACUAAAAACGAAUAAGUUCUCAAGAAUUAUUAAAAAUACAAUUUAUAAACAGCUAAAUGAUAAUAACCCAAAAGGUUUUACGGUGUGUCCUGAUAGUUAUUACCUAUAUAAUCUUCAUAGAUUUAAUGAGUAUAAGUUGCUGUUUGAUUAUUCUAAGGAUUAUCAUAAUAUUCAGUUAGCUACUGUUAAUGGCAAUGCCACAUGUGAUAUAGAUUAUAAAAAAUACAUAGAAAAAUAUACUAAUAUAUAUAAGAAGGCACAUUCAGAAUGCAAAAAAUUAUUCGAUGAAAAUGAACACGAUAAAUUAUCUUCAUUUAGUUGUAAACUACGUGAUAAUAUUGGAGUAGUUUCAAAAGAACAAAAACCACAUCAACAUCAAGGACAUGCACCAGUUCAAUCUUAUAGUCAGCCUAGUGAUACACCUAUAACCCAUCAACAAACUUCAGCAAGGGAUGCACCUUUAGAUAGAAAUCAACAUUCAGAUGUUCAAAAUUUUGCAGUAUCAAAUGAAAACAUUCAAAUGGAUGAUACAGCUAAAGGUGGACACUCAAAAAGUAUUACAGGUUCAGUUGUUCCAGUACUAGGAGUUCCAUUUAUUUCUUUUCUGCUAUAUAGG